AGCAGAAGAUAGAGCAGGGUGAAGUUUCACUUGCUUCCUGUCCCUCCUCCAGUCCAGAGCGGGAAAGCAAAGAUCCCCAUCUCCGGAACAUAACGCUAUUCAUACACAUCGACAAGAACCCAGUUGAGAAAGACUGAGAGAGAAGCAAGUUGUUCCUACAGGAUAGUUGAUGUUAUUUUGUAGUUGCAAGGAAUAAGUAUAACUGAAAUGGGGUGGCCAUCGUCGUGUAAUAAUCUUUCCAUUACAAGCUCGCAUCUUCCUGUCUCUGCGGACGCGUCCAAGUUGUUGAGGAGCCCCAAGCUUCCUUUCCGUCACCAGACUGAGCAACAUAGGAAACAAAGGACAGCUAAAGUUCUUGCCUACUAUGGCCUGCAAAAGCCACCCUAUAAACUUGAUGCACUAGAACCAUAUAUGAGCCAGAGGACCCUUGAGUUUCACUGGGGAGAGCAUCACCAUGGUUUUGUGGACAAUUUGAAUAAACAACUAGGGAGGAAUGACAUACUGUAUGGCUACACCAUGGAUGAACUUAUCAAAGUGGCUUAUAACAAUGGGAAUCCUUUACCAGAAUUUAAUAAUGCUGCACAGGUUUGGAAUCAUGACUUCUUUUGGGAAUCUAUGCAACCAGGAGGUGGAAACAUGCCAACCUUGGGUCUACUUCAGCAGAUUGAAAAGGAUUUUGGUUCUUAUACUAAUUUCAAGGAGAAGUUCGUAGAAGCAGGCCUAACAUUGUUUGGCUCUGGCUGGGUUUGGGUUGUAUUGAAGAGAAAUGAUAGGCGACUUGAAGUGGUUAAAACAUCAAAUGCAGUCAGUCCCCUUGUGUGGGAUGAUAUUCCCAUUAUCUGUUUGGAUAUGUGGGAGCAUGCUUAUUAUUUGGAUUAUAAGAACGACAGAGGGAAGUACAUCGAUACCUUCAUGAAUCACCUUGUGUCUUGGAAUGCGGCAAUGGCACGAAUGGCUCGUGCACAGGCCUUUGUGAAUUUAGGCGAACCCAAAAUUCCUGUUGCUUGAGAUGCUUAUCUCUCAAAAGUGCACAUCCGUGAUUCAUAUUAUACGUGGAUGCUUUGCUGCCUUCCAAAAGUCAUUACCUGGUAUAAGAAUUUUGAGCAUGUAAUGGAGAUUGGGUGAGUUGUCUAUAAUUUAACCGGCACCAAUAUGCACCAAUCUUAAUGCCCCACUCAUUUGCAACCCAGGUACUGAGCUGUAAUUCAUGCAGCAGUAAACAUCAUAGAAUACUUGUUUUACAUUGUCAAAGCUUAUUCAGAUUUUUUUAUUUUUUUUUAAGUUUUGGCUCUAAACUAUACACUAGCAUUUGUUUGUAAUUUAUAUUACCUUUUACAUGUUAUGUUUUUUAAAUUGUAUUUUUCUACAAGAUAUUUGGAGGUAGCAAGUGGAUUAUAUUUGAUAAGCAGAACUUUUCUCCAUUUUAGGUUACAACAACAUCAACAAUCACAGGCUUUAAUUCCACGAGGUGGGGUCAAUUACAUGAAUUCUAGACCUUUAGCCAUCUCUAUUCAUGGCCAUAUCUUUGUAAGGACUUCAUAUCUUAAUUGCACCUUUGGCAUGUCCAAACCAUCUUAUUUUCAUCUUUGGCAUCUUAUCCAAUAGAUGCCACUCCAACCUUAUUACCUAUGAUACCAUUUCUUGUAUGACCAUACAUCCAUCAUAAUAUCCUCUUAGUUACAUUCAUAUUCUGCGUGUGUUGUUGGUAUUUAACUGCCCAACAUUAACAAAUAUGGUUUUAUAGCCAUUUGAUAAAACUUCCAUUUCAGUCUUAAAGGGAUUUUACGAUUGGAUAAAAUGCUGACCACAUGUUUACAUUUUAACCUUCCUAGCUUGAUUCUCUGAGUAAGAUUUCCAUAAUCUCCAAUUCUUUUUUGAACAAUUGAUCCAAGGUAUAUAAAUGGAUCUUUCUUCAAAUCAUUUGAACAAUUGAUUCUCCUAUUAUUUUUCACAUAUAUAGAAUCAACCUAUUCACUUAAAACCAGUUGAGAAUGCUUUGUAUGUAUAGGCCCAUUUCACAUAUGGGCCUUGUCUUUUCCUAACCAGUUGAGAAUGGGCCCAUUUUUCCAUAUAGUUGAGAAUCUUUUCCAGUUGAGAAUGGCCCUAAUCAAAUAUAUGUAUAGGGAAAUUUCCAUACAAAGCAUUCCAUUAUUUUUCACAUAUAUACAAAGCAUUCCAGUUGAGAAUGAGCCUAAUCUUCAGUGCUAAUAUGGCCCUUGUCUUUUCCUAUACAUAUAUUUGAUUAGAAUGGAACAUCCACUAGUUUGCAAAUCAUGAAAUUUGGAACAGAUUGAUUUCAUGCCUGAAAGGCCAAUCAAGUUAUAAAUGUAUGUUUUGAGCGGAACAGAACUACCACCAAUUCUCAUGAUCUACAGGUCAGGAUAGUAGAUUGAAGAAUUUAGUUGUUUUCUCCUUAUAAUUCAAGUUCAGACCUCAAGCUCUCGCCCAAUCAUUUAUGUAGUUUUAUUAACAAGAGAACACAAGUUAAGACUCUUUUUUCAAAUUUUCAUUUCACGGGAAUUUAAGAAUCAUCCUCCCCUUCUUCUGGAUUUGGCCCUCUGAUAAAAACAGAUUAAUAUAAAAUAUUGCUAAACCUCUUGGACUUUUUGGUUUGUGCAAGAUCAAAGAGCAGGUACUAAAAAGUUCUCGUGAAAUUGAAGGUAGCCUGCCUGUGUGUUGUCCCGUAUGCUUAUAUCUGACAGUUUUUGUUUAGCUUAUGGUUAGUAUUUAUAUUAUUAGCUUUAAUAAGUAGUUGUGUGACUUUUUAAAUAUAGAUGGAUGGCUGAGAUUAGAAGACUUCCUUUGUAACUGUUAGGAUUUAUGACUGCUGUAACCUUAGCAUAAACAGUCUUUUUAAGACGCUGUAGACAGCCUUAUUUUCUACUUCAACAUUUGAGUUUUUCUUAAAACUAAAUCAAUAUUAUUGUUUCAGUUUUGAACUUACACUGUUUUUAGCUCUAAUUCUGCACUUUUUUGCUGUCUCUUCACCUCGCACUGCAUCAUUUUGUGGUGACAAUCCCUUGGCAGCCAUGUAGGAUCUGCAGGAAUGGAUACAUAAAUUUAUUCUUUUUUUCUAGUGGCCUAAAAUAACCUAAUAUAUCUGUGUCCUCAAAUGAUCCUAGAUAUUUCUCCAAUAUUUCAUUCCUGUCUCAUCAUGAUGCAUUUGUUGCAUCAUCUUGAUGGGCUUCUGCUGGAUCCACCCAGGAGUCCACUUGCCAUGUCACUCUGCAAUUUGUUGCUGGUAUCCUAUUGCAAUAAUGCCAUGUUACAAGAAGUGUCGAUCCCUGAAAUUUGUUAAUUAUUGAUAUGUAUGCUCUUAAUUUAAGCCAAUAAUAUGGAGGAAGACAUGCACAGAGCCUAGACCAAUAAUGACGCUUUGCUUUAUUAUGAAUCAACUCUAAUUCUCAAGGUCAGAGCCAACAUAUAGGGUCAUCCUGAUGGCUGAUGGUACUAUUAGCUUUUAGUCGGCAUAACCUUGUAAGCUCAAAUGCCAAAACAACCCAUAACUGUACACUUGGUGCGUCAUUUCCUUCUACAGCCCACAGAUGUGUAAGAGUUUGCUAAUGAUGUGUAUAUAUGUAUAUAUUCAUUGAAUUAAGCCAUAUUUUUAAAGUCAUUUUCAGAAGCUGGAAAGUUCGCUUGUGCUCAUGGGUAUAUAUAUUGAACCCCAUUCUUUAAUUAUAAAAGAAAAGGUUGGUCUACCACUAUACCCUAGUCCAUUCUUCUUUUUGGUUAACUUUUUUCCUGACAUAAAAAUGACUAAAUGAGGACUAAACAUGGGUGAAGCAUGUAUUAUAGCUUUCAUAGCAAUUUCUUGCAUGAUUCACUUGUCCAUUUUAGAGAUAAUCAAUUGAUUCUGCUGAUACAACAACAACAAUAAUCACAAACCUUCAUCCCCCUAGGUUCAGUAAUUGAUUCUGCUAAUGAUUAAGUAAUGAACUUUCAGUUUGUUUAAUAUAUUGUUUUGUAAAACUAUUUCAAUAGGUGUGCUUUCCUUUGUGUGGCCUGUAAUAAGGCUCCAGUUGACUUCCCCGUUUGUCUAGGUGUGAAUACAAGAGUAUACACAUGGUUGUUUUCGUUGCCUUAAUUUAUUCAGUUGUGUAUAGGCCUCUUAGAAUAUUUACCUUGAAUGUCUAAUUUAAGGGAUAGCUUGUCUUAUAUUUACCUGCAGAAGAGAUGCAUGUGAAUAUCAAUGCAACACCUGUACAGUAUAUAACACAAAGAAAUUAUGUUAGGCAAACAAGCAUCUUACUAAUGUUUUCUUUAGAAUACUUAAUUAUUAAAGUUUGUCAUAAGAAGUGAAGUUGUCACAUAAUGAACCUCUGUUGGCGAAGUUCUUAGGUUAAUUCUGGUAGUUUGGUAUUAAUGCAUCAUGAUUAGGGUAUUGCGGUUUAAGAUUGAGGCCUCGCAGUGGCAUUGACAUCAAACAAGUUUGAGCAUUUUCAGGCUAAUUUGACUGGGAGGAGAGAUUUCAUAAUUUUUCAAAUGAUUUACUUGUCCCACUAAAAAUGUCCUUAAAAGAUGAGGCUUAUCUUCAACAAGAUCUUUAUAGUGAUCCUGGAUGAGGCUUAUCAAAUGUUUCUAAAAACUUUGAUGAGUCUGCUUUACCUGGGCCCUAAUACAAUUCACAGGUGGAUCACUAAAGUGGUAGAUGAACUGAUAUUGUCAUUUAUUGGAGCUCCCCCAACUAUUUAUGGUUACUGAUAGGAAUGCCAAAUCAACAAGAGAUGGAGGACAUAGGACCUAAACCAUAUUGAAUCAACUUUCUCGAAGUCAAGAGUCCAUUGAACAACCCUCACAUCAACCUUUUGAGUUAAUCAAUCUGAAACAGCCUUAAUAAUUAAAGCAGAAUGGCCAACGACCCAUGUUACCUGGUUUCUUCAAACUGCCUAACCUUCUUGAGGACAUGAAUGAAUAUAGAGAGAGUGCUUGGAGAGACUCAGUGCUUAAACAUAUACCUGAAUAUCUUUUCAGAAACUAGAAAGGUCAGUCUGAUCAGAGACUCAGAAUCAAAGCCUUGGCCUUUAAUAAUUGAAGGGAGUGGUUGGUGUAUCACCUUCUUUUCUUUUUGGCUCACUUUUUUCUGUCAUGAGAAAUAAACAGGCACGGGGUACAUAUUAUACUGUAACUUCCAUUGCAUUCUCCUCUCAUCCCUAUGCAUACAUAGUAAUUUCAUUACUCAUUUUAAAUUGAUUCUGGACUCUCUAAUGCUCAUGUAAAUACUGAAGAGAAUCCAUAGAAGUGACCCUAUUUUGAUUUGUUUGUUAAUUGAACUCUUAUGGCAAAUUAGAUGUUUGAAUGACUUCUAGGGCACUUACAAC